AUCUAUAUGGCGCUAUUAAUCAUCAGAAUAUAUAUUGUUAUUAAUCUGUCUGUCUAGUUUAAAAAUGAGGUUUUUAACUGACAUAACAGUUAUCCGUUGAUUGCAUUCACGUGUUACUGUAUACGGGGUGUUGCAUCGCAAAAAACAGACGUCCGUCAUUAUGACAGACAGUCCAAGAGUCCGUCAUCCAAUAUUGCUCGUCCAAAUCUUGUCCAAAUUUCCGUCAAAUGAAUAAAAACAAUCAACUCAAAAUUUAAAAAAUUACCUUAGAGAAAAUUAACAAAUGGAAACAAAAUGAUCAGAGGCGUAACGUUGCGUCAAAGCAAGGAAUCUCCAACUAAGCAACCGCUGCCGGAUAUCAACUACCUGUCAAAAUCGUCGUCGCCGGUCGACAUCAUGAACAGGACGAACAAGUACGAGAUCAGCAAUAACAGGACGAAACAGGAGCUGAUAUUACAGCCGAAUUUUAAAAGGACGAGGCAGAGCAGCAACAACGCGAGUUUGAGAAGUGUACAGUCGUUCUACAGCUGCAAAUCGGGUGAUGAAGAUUAUUUCAGCGUGUGCAGUGAUAGUAGUUCCUUUAAAGACGCCAAUUUUAAAGAAUGAAGAUCUCUGUCUUUUAUUUUUGACUGUUUUAACUCUCAAUUUUCAUGUUUUUUACAAACUAAAUGCUAGUGGGUGACAGGAAGUAGGGAAAAAUUCAGUGAGAACUUUAGAACUGGAAGUUUUAGGUGCUCAGAGUAACGAUUAAGAGAGUUGUUGAAUAUUUAGUAAAUCCUAUCAUUUCUUUUAAAUAUGUCCACGAAAUUUUGGGACACCCUGUAUAGAAAUUUAUCUCUUCUAAAAUAAAAAUCAAAAUAUGUAUACAUAUGUAAUCAAAUAUUUACAAAACAGUAAAAAACUCACUGAUAAAAUUCGUCUAUCUUAUUAAAAGGUGUGUUAAUAUUUUUGACACACCCGAGUAUCAAGGCGGAUUAUGGUAAUAAUUAUUGUAUCUACAUUUUCGUAGAAAAUACGGUUUAAUCCUGUGACUAAUGUUUUUUAUAAUUUAUUGAUAUCAAUAUUGUAACGUUAUUAUAGAUAUACGACCUUGUUAUUUUGUAUGUAUCUGGAGUCUGUGUAUUUUUUUAUUAUUGAAAUAAAAACCAUUGUUUAAUAAUAAAUCAAAU